CAAGUGUGACAUCAGCGGUCAUGGAGAGUCUCCAUCCAGCUGGAUCACUGUCACAGACAAACAUAUCAACAGAUCUCCACCUACAUCCACACCUCCACCUGCCUCUUCUGUUGGUUCCUCUCCACUUGUCCCCGUGUUGCUGACAGCUGGAACAGUCUGUGUUGUGUUAGUAGUGAUGUUACUGGUUGUUUUGGUGGAACGACAUGUUGACAGGAAACUUAAAGAGAGUGAUGCAGCUGCAGUCGACUCAGCAGUGAGAACAGAAGAUGUCACUUAUGGAGAAAUCAUCAUCAAAGAGAAGCAAGAAGAGGCAACUAUAAGAGAGAGUGAUGCAGCUGCAGUCGACUCAGCAGUGAGAACAGAAGAUGUCACUUAUGGAGAAAUCAUCAUCAAAGAGAAGCAAGAAGAAGCAACUAUAAAAUGUACAGCUGCUGUUCUUUGUCUCCAUCAUGGUUCAAGAUGACGUUUUUUCCAAAUAGGAGUGUGUGAGCAGAUGUCUCUGUGCUCUACAGCUAAUUUAUAUUUUUUUAAUAUCUUGUGAUUAAACUGUGUUAAAAAACAAACAAACAAAAAAACAGACUAUAUCUGCAGGUUUUAUGUUAUGUAAUAACACUUUUCAUAUAUUAUCCAUCUAUUUAUCUAUUUUCCUGCAUUAGCAGUCGGAUCACCUGGAGGUGUGAAAGAGAUUAUCUAUUGAAGCCUAUAAACAGAACAGUAAUCUUUGAACAAUGACGCAAAUGCACGGAUAAGUUUCUCUAGUUUAGAGGAGGAGACUACAAUUCUCAGAUUUGAAAUAUUCCUUAAGUAAAGAAAACUGUUGAAUCGAUUUAUGCUACCAUAACAAAUGCUCACUUACAGGAGUCAUGUACACGCUCAGCUGUCCUUCUGUUUCACUGUGAAAUAAAAUGAUUAUAUUGAUAAAAUGAAA